AUUAACGUUUCAGGGGUAAAAGCUCUCGAACAAAGAGGUGUACCGGCGCCACCGCCAGUACACACCAGCUCGCCGGAGAUCACAAGAAGAUACAAGACCGUGCUCCUCGACGCCGCCCGACAUGGCGGACGCCGCCUCUGGCCGCGGCCACGUCGUCUACCCUCCCCGCUCCGCCGAGGACAUCUUCAAGGACUACCGCGCCCGCCGGUCCGCCAUCCUCCGCGCCCUCACUCACGAGGUCGAGGACUUCUACGCGCAGUGCGAUCCAGACAAGGAGAACCUGUGCCUGUACGGCUACGCGAACGAGGCGUGGGAGGUGGCGCUGCCGGCAGAGGAGGUGCCCACGGAGCUGCCGGAGCCUGCGCUGGGAAUCAACUUCGCGCGCGACGGAAUGAACCGCCGGGACUGGCUUGCGCUCGUCGCCGUCCACUCCGACUCGUGGCUCCUCUCCGUCGCCUUUUACUAUGCCGCUCGGCUUAAUCGUAAUGACCGGAAGCGCUUAUUUGGUAUGAUUAAUGAAUUGCAAACUGUUUUUGAAGUUGUCUCCGGUGCGAGACAACAACAAUCUAAAGAGAGGUCCAGUAUGGACAAUGGUGGUAGAGCCAAGCCUGUAAAGAUAGAAAAUAAUGGAAAAGUCACAGACGAAGCAUACGAAGAUGACAGUGAUCACGGUGAAACCCUAUGUGGAACCUGUGGUGGGAUAUACAACGCGGAUGAGUUUUGGAUCGGGUGUGACAUGUGCGAGCGAUGGUACCAUGGCAAGUGUGUCAAGAUAACUCCUGCCAAGGCAGAGAGCAUAAAGCAUUACAAAUGCCCGAGCUGCAGCUCCAAGAGGGCGAGGCAGUAGCAAAACCCAUGAACGCAGGAAGCCUCCGAAUGUGGGAUGUAUGGUGCAGAAGAGGCGCAUUGCAAAGUUUGCAGGCAGGAGAAGGCCAAGAGGCCUCCAUUUACAAGAUUAGAACUAUAUUGCUAUCUUCCCAGUGCCUUAUGCUUGCGUUUACCUAUGAUAAGCUGAUGUGAGGAAAGAUAAGACAUUUGGCAACCAGAGGCACUUAGUUAAAUGCCCCUUGAUAUACAUGGGGGUAAAAGAAGAGGAACUCAUGUUUUGUCGAAUAUAUGGAAUCUUUUUUUCCCCUCU